AUGUUACCUACCCCAUAUACAAACGUAUAUGUCAGUGACGGAUUCCCAUACUGUUUAGUACCCGGCGGUGUUAGAGAAGUGUGGCAGCAAAACCCAGUCUUCUCUCACAACAACAACAACAACAACAACGACCCGCUAGACAUGUCAUCCAGUUUACCUUCUCUCACUGCCACUUGUCAGCUCAGAAAUAGUGUUAGAACCCCUCCUUCCGUUGAUACAGGCAGCAGCUUUAACAGGUCUCCUACCCCAGAUAGCCAGCCAGCUUGUAGACAAUCAAACAUUCCCGUUAAACCUUAUUUGACAUUUUCCAUCGAGCGUAUCCUGGGUCUAACCGGCGACGUUUCAUCAUCGUGCCGAAAUGACGAAGAAACUGGUUUUUCAGUAGAGAAUACUUUUUGUGACGACGACAGUGGAGAUGAAAUUAUCAACGUAGACGAUGUUAAAGAAGAGACUACAGAUGUUUCUACAGAUAACACGGGCAAGGAAUUAUCCGAUGUUGACAUCAUUACUCCGAAGUAUCAAUGGCUUCAGUGUACGCGCUACCACCCGCCAAAGCUACAGAGAAACAAACAAAAAGAGGGAACCAAGAAAAGAAAACUAGGUCGCAAUCCACGGGUACCUUUCACACAACACCAGGUGGUCGUGCUUGAAGACAGAUUCAAACAGACGCACUAUCUCAGCAGCCUGGACGUGGCGGAGUUAUCGAACAUGCUCGGGCUAACAGAACCAAGGGUGAAAAUUUGGUUUCAAAACAGAAGAGCCAGAGAUAGACGAGAAAGGGAGGCAGCCCAAAGCAGCCAGAAGAACGCCCCACAGAAGACACUUUUGCCGCCACUGUCUGUACCAUCGGUGUCAUGGCCGAGUCAAGCUUCUAUAGCAGCCAGCUACGUGCCCAGUUCCAACACCGUGGACUUCCGACCAAGCUACAUAUCUUCAUCGUUUCGCGUUUAG